UAGGGAUUGAAAGACUCGGAAGCAGACAGCGAAAGAGGCGCCUCUGAAUUUCGGCAUUGACAAAGCAUGGCUGGUCCCGGCGGCUUGGAUGAAAUUGAGAUUAUGAAGUUGAAGAAAGAUAUCAAAAGGCAUGAAGACAACCUAACAUUUUUGAAGUCAGAGGAAAACCGUGUAGAUGAAUCUAUACUUCAGUUGCAAGUGAUCUCUGCGAAGUAUCAUUUGAACAGUACAUCUCAGGGAACGAGUAAAAAUGGAGGCUCUCACAAUGAGGAAGAGACAAUGGAACAAAUACUGAAGCAAGAGACAACAGCAGCUGCCAUGUUGUGCCAACUAAAAACUCAUCAUUCAGUUCUGUUGUCAAAUUUGCCAGUGACCAAGGAUGUUCUUGGUGUGGUGGCAACUCUGGCCGGAGUUGAGAAUGAUAAUCUUAAUAGGCUUCUGUCGGAGUUCUUGGGACUGGAGACCAUGCUGGCGCUCGUUUGCAAAACAUUUGAGGGUGUCAAGGCUUUGGAGAAAUAUGAUUGGGAAGGGAAAAUAAUCAACAGUGCGGGUCUCCAUGGCCUUGGAUGUUCCAUGGGAAGAAAAAUUAAUGGCCGGUUUCUUGUCAUUUGCCUUGAAGAUUUAAGGCCAUAUUCUGGUGGUUUCGUGGAUGAUGAUAUUCAAAAAAGGCUUGAUCUUUCAAAGCCAAGGUUAGCAGAUGGGAGUUACCCAUCUGGGUUUGUAGAUUUUGCAGUUAACAUGAUCAAUUUGGAUUAUCGGAAUUUGUUUUGUGUCACUGCGAAAGGAAAUGGGCUUAGAGAGACACUAUUCUAUGCUCUAUUUUCUCACCUUCAAGUAUACAGAACCAGAGAGGAAAUGCUACGUGCCCUCCCAUGCAUAACUGAUGGAGCUGUGUCUUUAGAUGGCGGGAUGAUCAAUAGACACGGUGCCUUUGCCCUUGGAAAUAGGACUGAUGUAGAGGUGAAAUUCCCAGUGAUUUCCAGCAGAAACUUACCAGCAGCAGACGAAGUUAACGUUGAAUAUGCAAUCAAGGUGCUGAAAUUGGAACAACUUAAUAUUUCGGAGGAUAUGAGAAGGGAACAAUCAUUGUUGGAGAAAACAAAAGCUGAAUUGAUAGCCAAGUACAACACAUAAAGUUGCUGCACACUGCAGUCGUGGUCGGAUGGGGGAGUAUAAACAAAAGUUGGUGCACAGACAGCUUCUAGUCUAAAAUACAGAAGCAAUGAAUAGUUGUUUAAUCAGAGAAUUACCUCUGUGUUAUGCAGAUUUGGUUAGCUCAGAGAACCAAAAUUAAACCGAGCUUUGCUUUUAUCCUCCUUUAAACUUUAUGAUUUAGUUCAGUAAUGUCAUUGAAAAAACAGCUUGAGAAAAUAUGUUUUUGUUAUUC